AUGGCAGACAACUCUGACUCUCCCUCAGCUCCCGUAAUCUUCGACUCUUUACCCUACUACGACGACGACCUCACAAAGUUCCCUUUUCUCAAAGAAAAGGUUGAAAAGGAAUUAGCUCGGGAGCCAAAACCGCCAACGACUCUACAUCCGCGCGUCCCACCGGCCUAUGAAUUGUUUACUAAAAAUCCCCUACUUCAGGCUGAACUUGAGCGCAUCGAAUCACACCGUCCGUUUCCGCCGUUAGACACUACCCGAUAUCAGUUACCUCCGCCUGCCUCCGUUCCUGCCACUGAUGAAGAAUGGCAAGCAUCCUUGAAUAACGCUCGGGCCCAGUUGGAGCAUCAACGGAUUCGACAAACCAACCUCACCUUACUGCAAACAUACGGCGCAAACUCGUGGAGAGUACAUAAUUACCUUGUCGAGGCAUCCGCCAAACAAGUCGAGAAGGCUCUGGAAGACUUAAAAAAACUCACAGAAGACGUAAACCGAGAUCGUAAAAACUUCCAAACCAAAACCGGAGCACAACUCAACGCUUUGGAAACGCGCUGGACAGAGCUUAUAUCAAGUGUUCUACAGAUUGAAAUGGCAAAUGUUGCGAUGGACAUUGAAAUAGACCGACUCAACAAGCGAGAAGCAGAAUUAGCAGAGAUGGUAUGA